CAGCCGCCCAAGCCUCCCGGGACCGCUGUGGCCGCACUGCCGCGCGCCCCGCCGCCUGGGCCCCAGCCCUGCGCGCGCAGCCCGGGCUCGUCCCGCCACCCUCGAACGACGGCCAGCCAAGCCGGCCGGCCAUGGACGCCUGCGAGCGGGAGCCGCGCGGGAGGCUGUGAGCGCGCCGGGGGCCGGGAGCCGGCGCGGCGCAGCCCUCAGCCGGGCGCGCCGGGGGUGGGUCCCUCACUCCAGCCCGGUUCAGCUUGGAGAAAGAGGGCGGGGACCGACGCGGGGCGGAGAGCGGAGGAGGAGAAGGGGGCAUGACUCGUGCAACUUGCGGCGGGCAUCUGCCGAGCCUCUGAGCCGGCGGCGGCCCGGGCCCGGAUCGCGGCCGCGCCGAUCGCACCCAGCCCACCCCGCCCCGGCCGACGGCGGCUUGCUGACCUGGAUCCGCGGAGCGCCCGCCGGCCGCCGACGACCCGUCUUCGUCUUCCGGGCUGCUUUCUGGAGCGCGAGGGGCGCGCUCCCCGCCGGGCCCUCGGCCCCCGAUGGCUCGGAUGGGGCUUGCGGGCGCCGCUGGACGCUGGUGGGGACUCGCUCUCGGCUUGGCUGCCUUCUUCCUCCCAGGUGCCCACACGCAGGUGGUGCAGGUGAAUGACUCCAUGUAUGGCUUCAUUGGCACGGACGUGGUGCUACACUGUAGCUUUGCCAAUCCACUGCCCAGCGUGAAGAUCACUCAAGUCACGUGGCAGAAGGUGACCAAUGGUACUAAGCAGAAUGUGGCCAUCUUCAAUCCAGCCAUGGGUGUCUCAGUGCUGGCUCCCUACCGCGAGCGUGUGGAAUUCCUGCGGCCCUCUUUCACGGAUGGUACCAUCCGCCUCUCCCGCCUGGAGCUGGAGGACGAGGGUGUCUACAUCUGCGAGUUUGCCACCUUCCCUACGGGCAAUCGUGAGAGCCAGCUCAACCUCACUGUGAUGGCCAAGCCCACCAACUGGAUCGAGGGCACCCACACUGUGCUCCGAGCCAGAAAGGGGGGUGAUGACAAGGUCCUGGUGGCCACAUGCACCUCAGCCAAUGGGAAGCCCCCCAGCGUGGUGUCCUGGGAGACGCGACUGAAGGGCGAGGCGGAAUACCAGGAGAUCCGGAACCCCAACGGCACGGUGACUGUCAUCAGCCGCUACCGUCUGGUGCCCAGCAGGGAGGCCCACCGGCAGACCCUGGCCUGCAUUGUCAACUACCACAUGGAUCGCUUCAAAGACAGCCUCACCCUCAACGUGCAGUAUGAACCUGAGGUAACCAUCGAGGGCUUUGACGGCAACUGGUACCUGCAACGGAUGGACGUGAAGCUCAUAUGCAAAGCUGAUGCCAACCCCCCGGCCACCGAGUACCACUGGACCACGCUGAAUGGCUCCCUCCCCAAGGGUGUGGAGGCCCAGAACAGAACCCUCUUCUUCAGGGGUCCCAUCAACUACAGCCUGGCUGGGACCUACAUCUGUGAGGCCACCAACUCUGUUGGCACCCGCUCUGGCCAGGUGGAAGUCAAUAUCACAGAAUUUCCCUACACCCCAUCUCCUCCCGAGCAUGGGCGGCGUGCCGGCCAGAUGCCCACGGCCAUCAUUGGGGGCGUGGCGGGGAGCGUCCUGCUGGUGCUGAUUGUGGUCGGCGGGAUCGUGGUAGCCCUGCGCCGGCGCCGGCACACCUUCAAGGGCGACUACAGCACCAAGAAGCAUGUGUAUGGCAAUGGCUACAGCAAAGCGGGCAUCCCUCAGCACCACCCUCCCAUGGCGCAGAACCUGCAGUACCCUGACGACUCGGAUGACGAGAAGAAGGCUGGCCCACUGGGUGGCAGCAGCUAUGAGGAAGAAGAGGAGGAGGAGGGCGGCGGAGGGGGCGAGCGCAAGGUGGGUGGCCCCCAUCCCAAGUACGAUGAAGAUGCCAAGCGGCCCUACUUCACUGUGGAUGAGGCUGAGGCCCGCCAGGAUGGCUAUGGGGACCGGACUCUGGGCUACCAGUAUGACCCUGAGCAGCUGGACUUGGCUGAGAACAUGGUUUCUCAGAAUGAUGGGUCUUUCAUUUCCAAGAAGGAGUGGUACGUGUAGCCCCCUUCCGGAGCCUCUGUCUGUGCCCACUGCUCCCCAGCCCCACCCGCACGCCCCCUGCCCUCCUCCCAUCCCGCCCUCAUCCCCCACUCCUCCUGGAGCUCCACAGAGACUGGCCCCACAUCCCAGCGAGCAGCCCAGGAUGGAGGACUUGGCUUUGGUUUAAUCCCCACCUCUCCCCAGCCCUCCCCAUGGUGUUGUGUUGACCGUGGCUUUGGUGUUUCUGUAUUUCCCCUCUGAAGACCCCACCCACCCUCUGUGUAGGGAGCCCCUGUUCUCGUCUUGUAUUACCUGGAUGCCCCUCCAAAGUUGGGGGAGCCAUCCUUCCCCAACCCUCACCCCUGCCGCAACACUGGAAUUUGUGUUUUCUUCUCUAGGGGUGCAGGGCUAAGGGGGCACCAUAGGAAGAGCCCUGCCCCAACCCCAAAUGCUGCUCCUUCUCUUAAGGGAGAAGGACCCCCCUCUCCCCCACCACCAUCAGCUGGCCCCAGUUUUGACAGCCAGUGCACAUACAGGGUGGGGGAACUACUUCUCCAGAGUCCCCUGGGGGAGUCUCGCUCCUUAGGAAGGGCUUAGGACCUUGAGGAGUGUGUUCACCUGAUGAGGUUGAUUUCACAUCAUGUAUUCCUUGGCCUGUGGGGAGUCCGGCUGGACCAGCUCUGGCAUGUUGCACUCUACCCCUCUGCUCCCCUUCCCCCCAACUGGGGCUUCCAGUGGACUCUGUCCACACAGCCUCUGCCAGCUCAUGCUCACAAGCACCUGCAAAUGCCUCACUCUGUCAGAGCCUACAAACACUGCCCAAGGCCUGUCCAAUGCUCUCCCUCUUCCCCACUACCCAGCAGAGGCUGGGGACAGCCUGGGGAAGCCUGCAGGAGCAGCAGGGUCUUCCCCGUGAUCCCUCCACUCUGGGCUCUCAGGCCAGCCCAGCCUCUUUCUUCCAGCAUGGACUUUUCUUGGAUCUUUCUCCCUUAGCCAUCAAGUGCUUCAUUUUCUUGCAAAGUUAGGGCUGGGGUCCCAGUUGGGACUUUCUCUCUGACAGUAAGAGGCAGUGUGUUCCUGUGGGGUGGAAGGGUUUGCAGAGAGGCCCGUCAUGAGGUCACAGGGCCUGACAGAAGUGUGAUGGGUAGGAGCAGCCAAGGAAGGAGUACCCUGGGGAAGCCCUCCAGUGAGUGAAGAUGCCUCUGGGCUCCCGUCACACUCAGGCCUGGGCUUCCCUUGCAGUGGAGUAGGAAAACUCCUCCCAGCACUCUCAUCCUCCAGCUCAAAGUGCCUCAUUCCUCCCUCUGCCCCAUCAGGCACCCUUGGCACUCUAGAUGGGCAUGCUUACGGGAAAGACCCUGGGAUGGUAGAGACAGGUCCCAAGGCUCCUUAUGCCUGCCCAUUAGAGUCCUAUCAACUCAGCCCAGGCCUUCAGGGGCUCUGGGGCACAGCAAGUAUUAGGUGGCAGAAAGCAGACACCAUGCCCCAUGGGCACUGGCCUUCCCUGCCCCAGGCUUCGUAAGGGAGCCACCAGGCCCUCCACCCUGCACCCUCCCUGGUGCUGCUAUUGAACCCCACCCAGGCUCCGUGUCCACCCUGGCCACCCUGGGCCCACAGGCAGAGCCACCGUGGCCCAGCCCUCACUGCCCGAGCCCAGCCUAGGCUGCCCAGUAGCCACGUAGCAGAAGUCUGAAGCCAUGCCAGUCCUGGGUGGCUCUCUCUUGGCAUCGGGAUGAGGAGCACUGCAGGGGUGGAGCUGGGGAGAAGAUUCUGGGGUCUUCCUAGCCAUGAGGCAGAGGGGAGCUGUGUUGCUUCUCCCUCUCCUUGCAGGAGACCUCAUCAUGGCACAUCACAAUCCCACCCUACCCCAUGCCAAUCUGACUCCUCCACUUCAUCCCCUUGUCCCCAAGUGAGAGACAACCCCAGAGGCCUGCCUGACAGAGGCAUAUCCCUGUCCCCUUGAAACCACGAGGCUUAUCCUCCUCUACUGUCUCCCUUAUCCUGCACUGCCACCCCUUGUUCCUCCUUCUGUGAUGGGCUUAGGAGGCUGGCACCCACCCAAAGCACUGAAACCUCCUUAAGACAGCUCCACCUGCCCUGCCCUCCACCCUGUCCCAAGCAAAGCACAAUUUAUGGGGUCUAGGCAGCAUGGGCCACGUGGGGAGAUUCGUGCCUCUCUAUAGCCCAGCCAACCGGGGCAGCUGCUGCUCUGAGCUGGGAGUGGGCAGGAGGCAGGGGUUAGUGCUUGGGCUUAGGGGCACUGAGUUUCCUGAGCCAGUGCCCCCCUUGCUGCUGGGGCCAUGAGCAGCCUGCUGGCAGAGAGAGGCCUGGCCCGCUGGAGAGAGGACAUUUGCAUCUCCUUCAGGCUCAGCAGGAGCUGAGCUGCUGCUUGGCAGGAAAUGAAAUAAACCUGGGAUUUACAGUGCCAGGGCCUCCCGGGUUGUCAUCCUGCCUCUCCUUACCCCACCACCCCCUUCUUUCCUGGCAGAUCUUAAUCUUGUUGUAAGGGGUAACAGAACUGUCCUGGGUCCCCUGCACCAGAAGAACCUGAUGAUAGCAGCACCAAGUCAGUGAACAUGGGCAUACAUGGGCAAUCACCUUGGGGCUAGCACUUGUGCACGCGCAUGCACACACACCCCCAACAGCUGAGCACAGGCAUGUAUACGUAUGCACGUACACACACACACACAUGACUGGAUACACUGAGCAUAGGUACAGGCCCAGCAGAGAGAGGCUGAUCCCUUGUGAGAAGCUGCGUUAGCAGUGCUUGGGCUAUCAGCAAGCCAU